UUGCGCAAAGUGGAGCGGGGGGCCCGGCCUCCGGGCAGCCCCGGCGGCGCUCCCGCUGCCUCCCUGCCGUCGCCGGCGGCGCAGCCGCGGCCCAUGGAGCCCGCCGGCCCGGCCCCCGGCCGCCUCGGGCCGCUGCUCUGCCUGCUGCUCGCCGUGUCCUGCGUCUGGACAGGUGUGGCAGGUGAGGCGGAGCUGCAGGUGAUCCAGCCGGACAAGUCGGUGUCUGUGGCAGCCGGACAGACGGCCUCUCUGCACUGCACCGUGACCUCUCUGCACCCCCUUGGGAAGGUGGAGUGGUUCAAGGGGACAGGGCCAGGCCGGGAGUUAAUCUUCAGCUUCAGAGGAGGAGACCACCCCCCCCAGUCGCCUCGAGUAACAAAGGUUGCAGACGCCACAAAGAGAAACAACACGGACUUUUCCAUCCGCAUCGCUAACAUCACCCCAGCAGAUGCCGGUACCUACUACUGUGUGAAGUUCCAGAAAGGGACCCCUGAUGUGGAGUUUAAGUCUGGACCUGGCACCCAGGUCACCGUGAGCGACAAAAAUGAAAGCCAGACCAUCUUCAUCGUGGUGGGCGUGGUUUGUGCCUUGCUGGUGGCUCUGCUGAUCGCAGCCCUCUACCUCCUCCGAAUCCGACAGAAGAAAGCCAAGGGCUCCACUUCUUCUACGAGGUUGCAUGAGCCCGAGAAGAACACCAGAGAAAUAACCCAGGUACAGUCCUUGAUCCAGGACAACAAUGACAUCACGUACGCAGACUUGAACCUGCCCAAGGGGAAGAAGGCUGCACCUCGGGCCGCCGAGCCCAACAACCACACAGAGUAUGCCAGCAUUCAGACCGGCCCGCCGCCUGCGCCUGAGGACACCCUCACCUACGCCGACCUGGACAUGGUCCACCUCAACCGGGCCCCCAAGCAGCCAGCCCCCAAGCCCGAGCCAUCCUACUCGGAAUACGCCAGCGUCCAGGUCCAGAGGAAGUGAGUGGGACCGUGGUCGUCUCGAGGGUCUGUCCCCAUGAGCCUUCCUGUCCUGUGCGGGACAGCCGUGAUGGGGACAGCCAGCCCAGGUCCCAGAGGGCCGGGAUGGUGCAGGCCCCGGAACUCCGGGAUGAGGCUGGCUCUUGUCUCCCCAACCCACGGGGCUCUCUGGCAUCCCCAGGGCAGCCACAGUCCCCCCACAUCACCACACACGGAGGCUGAUGUUGCCAGACUAGCGGGGGGACCCGCCUGGGAACUGGCCAGAACCGCGGGGGGGCCAGGAACCCUCCUGCCUGUCUCCAUCAACACUCGAUCGGUCACAGUCCUGGAGACCCUGAUUGCCCCUCAUUGUAGCCUGAUCUUCCAGGGUGAGGAGGGAGGAAACCCCACCUCCUUUUACCAUCACCCAGCGGGGGCUUGGGGAGGAUCUUCCCUUUAGAUCGAAUGGCCCCAUCCAUGGAGAAGCUGGAAAAAAAAAACCUUCUGGAACCCUCAUCCCAAGACUUGGUGAGAUUGCUGCCAAGAGUCCUAGCCUCCCUAUUUCUGGACUGAUGAGGCACCAGCCCUGGGGGAGGGGAGGAUCCUCUGAGGAACCCCCACAUCACCACCACCACCACCACCACCAAGGACUGAGUAACAAAACUCGCCCUCCUCCUGGUGGCCCUCCAAGACUCCUUGAGGACCCGUCAUCCCAACCGUGACGCUCCGCACGGCCCCUCCUCUCCUUUCUAGACCUGAGCUUGCUUCCUCCAGCUAGCACUAACUCAGCGACAUCUCGCCGUGGACGCCUGUAAAUUAUUGAGAAAUGUGAAAUGUGCAAUCUUGAACCUGAGGUGUUAGAAAAUUUGAUCUGUGGUGUUUUGUUUUGUUUUGUUUUGUUUUUCUUAAAACGACAGCAACGUUAUCUUGGCUCUUUGUCAUGUGUUGAAGUACCUGGUUGGGUCUUGUGCAGUCUAAGGUUUACCAGUUGGUUGUCCUGGAGGGACCUUCUUGCAGCAGAAACUGAGCCCCUCCCACGCCCCAGACCCUGAGGACGGGGAGGACGGUGGUCGUGUGGCUGUCCCAUGGAGAUGCUUAGCCUUCCCUCCGGGAUAAUACUGGCCACGUUCUCAGCUGAGCCACGUGGCCAGUGCUGCUGCCUUUCGUGCCCCCAGCGUGCUAAGUCCAGACCCGCUCAGGGCUCCUCCAGCCUGGUCCUUCACAGUGCAGGCUUGUCGAGACCUGAGGCCUCAGUCUUCUCAUCCAGAAAGAGGGGAAAGGACAGAUGCCCCCUGCUCUAUGCAGGGGAGAGAAGCUAUGCCUGUCUAUUUCCCCCACCCUUUAGCAACUACCCCAUUCCAGCUCUCUGAGCUGAUCCCUGCAGGAGAAAUCUUCUGUUUCUGCGAUCAAACCCUUUUGGGAUCAAACUGGAAUAAAUCCAAAUCAGCCAGGAGGCCUGGGCAGCUGUGAAGCCAGGACUGACCCUCUUCUGUCUUCCUGUCUCAGGAGGGUUGGGCAGAUACUGUGACCUGUUACCUUGACCCCCACCCUUCAGUUGGGGGCCUGGCUGGGCCCAGAGCCAGCAAACAUGGCCAGCCCUGUUGAUUCGGUCUUCACGCAUAACCAACCAAGUCUUAGAGCUGAGAGGUUGAUCUUCGUCGCCCCCUGGGCCCAGCCAUCCAUCGGACGCCCCAGGGAUUCCAGCCCAUCAGAACAAGGAGCCGAGCGACCUUGACCGCCAGCAGGUCCUACGCGUGGAACACCAGGAGCUCAGCUCAGACCCAGUUCUUUGGGGACAGAGAUUUGGCAUUUUCCACGAUGGCAUCCAGGGAUCAGCUGAGCCAACCGGCCAUGUGGGCAGCUUUGGCCGAUGAGGCAGUUUCUCUGUGACAUCUGGGAGCCCAGUGACCCAGCCACCUGGCUCAGGCCAUUUCCAAAUUCCAAAAGGUUGGCUUGUAAACCUUAGUCUCCCUCUCUUCGGCCCAGAGAAGGCACGAAUGUGCUUGAGCGUACACACGCACACAGACACACACACACACACACAUGCACACAGAAUUUUAAGAGAGCGUUUUCUUGGUGCCAUUUUCAUUUUAUUUUAUCUUGAAUUUUGGAAGGGGAGCAAGGGAAUGAGGCCAGGGGAGUCGUGUAGCUUCAGCUUCGGCCUGACAGCCUGGAGAUUCCCAUACCUUGUGUAUCGAACCCCAGGAAAAGGAAGAGGUCAAAACAACACUACGGAAGGAGCGUGGUUUCGGGAGUUUAUUUUAAGACUGCUAGGAAGGAAACAGGCCCCAUUUUGUAUAUAGUUGCAACUUAAACUUUUUGGCUUGCAAAAUAUUUUUGUAAUAAAGAUUUCUGGGUAACAACA